AUGUUGCUCGCGUGUUUGACGGUCGUCGCGGCGCUCGCGGGCGUCGGUUCCGCCCAAUUCGUCAACGGCAGGAAACUGGAACUGCCGGUACCGUCGCUAUGCGCCGGCAGGACGACAGACGCUACCUCGCCUGCGGGUAGCAAUUAUUUCUACAGCUGGAGGAGGCCCGAGAUCGACGAAGAGGACUGGCUGGGCUCGAGAAACUACUGCAGGAUGCGGUGCAUGGACACCGUCUCCUUGGAAACUACCGCGGAAAACGAAUGGAUCAAAAAUGUCAUCGCUCAGGAAAAUGUGAACCAGGUGUGGACGUCGGGCCGGAUAUGCGACUUCAAGGGCUGCGACCGCGAGGACCUGCAGCCGCGCCACAUAAACGGCUGGUUCUGGACGGCCAUAUUCAAGAAAAUGGCGCCAACUACCGAUCGAGUGCAGAACGACUGGUCGCACACCGGUCCUUUGGGCACACCGCAACCGGACACCACUAACGUGAUUCAGCACCAGACGGAAAAUUGCCUCGCCAUAUUGAACAACCACUACGGCGACGGCAUCAGGUGGCACGAUGUGCCGUGCAACAAAAGGCGCUUCUUCAUCUGCGAGGACAGCGACGAGCUACUCAGAUAUGUCCGCUAUACGAAUCCCGAACUCCACAUACGAUAAAACCCGAAU